UGGGAAAUGGGGGGUGGGGGGAUGAGAAAAGAUGAGAGCGAAAAGAAAACCUCGCCUCACCCCAAGUUCCCGAGCCGGGGGCUGAGGACUUUUCGGAGGAAAGGGUCCGCCUAGCCCUGAGUCAAGCGGUCUUACUGUACCGCCGUGUGCAUUCCCUCAUACGGUCAGGAGUUAUGACUCAUUUUGAAGAUAUCGAGCCUGCGUGCUGCCGAAGCAGGGCGCCGAGUCCAUGCGAACUGCCAUCUGAUCCGCUCUUAUCAAUGAAGCAGCCGAUCAUGGCGGAUGGCCCCCGGUGCAAGAGGCGCAAACAAGCCAAUCCCAGGAGGAAAAACGCCUUGGAGUCAGAAAUGAGCUCUCGGAGCGGGAGAUGCCCUGCUGCUGCUUGCCACCGGUGCGGCCCAUUUGUAACUUGCAAAGUUUGUUGCUUUUGCCCCAGAUUCGGGCAGCGGGUCCUGGGAUGCUCCUGCUCCCCUCCUGCCUCCCACGGAGCUCAGGAAGAGGGGCUGCCUCCCCAGCCCGCCACCUUCCAGCAUCAGCCUCUGAAAAAUCUCACAGACACAUGCGCGUUGUAGCAAAAAUCAAAUCCGGAAACUGCUUGUUUCAGAGAAAGGAAUAAAGUUGUCUUUUCAAGGAAAACUGAAUUAGGAGAAGAGAAAAAGGAAAUAAGAGAAGGAAAGAAAAGUUAAAUUUGAUUUUUCUCCAGAGUUUCCAUUAAAAGAUUGGGGACAGUGUGAAGGAGAAGAGGGGCUUUUUACAAAUGCCUUUGGUCUCUGAUUUUCAGUGGCAAAGAACAGGGACCAAGUUAAAUGUUCUCAGGGCUUUGGAUCCUAGAGGAGAAACAAUCAGAAGAGCAGAAAUGAUUAUCCCUGUUUAAAAUAAGCCCUCACUCUUUACCACUUCCUUAAAGGAAUGGAGGUGCUGCUGGUGAUGCUUAGAGGCAAUGAGGGACGGAGAAGUUGCUCCCGUUUCAGAGAUGCUUAAAUGAAAAGGAAAGAAAAUGCAGUCAACCCCUUCUCCAGAAGGUGACUCCUAGCUCUCCUCCCUGAGAGGUGAAGUUGGGAUGGAGCAACAAGAGUCUCACACACUUAGGCAGGGAAGUUUCCUUCGGAUCACAGUCAGUCCAGACUUGGUUAUCUUUGCAAAGUGUGGAAAUCUUUGGCAAGUAGCUUUCUUCGUAAAGUUGAUGAGCUUAUAGGGAGCCUGUUUUGCUGACUCUCAGAGCACUCGGGCAGCUUGUGUGGCAGGUACCAGUUCUGAGGGCACUCCAAAGAUAUCCAUCUCCAUCCUUUUUUCUCUGUGGAGAUCUUCUGCAAGUUUUGUCAUGGUGCACACACACAAGGCUGGGGGGCUACGUAUCUAAGGCGGUAUUAUUUGUUUUAUUUUGGUCUGGAAAAGCUAAGUCUAUUGGGGUAGAAACAUGCUUUCCUUCGUAGCAGAGCCAGUAGGCUGGUGGUGUCCAUAGGGUGACAGUCUACCAGUAGUAAGGCUGAGCUGAGGAUUUUAAACUUUGCAUUGUUUCUCUGUUGCCCAAUACAAAUAAAUUCACAUCUUCAAGCAUGUGUUUUCAAAUAGGGUAAAACCAAGAUUAAAGUUCCCUGCUCAACUGCUAUGUCAUAGGCUUCAGUGUUUCCCUUUUUCCUUAAUUUGCUUAAAGAAAAUUCUAAGAGGUUAUUAAAGACCCUAAUGCCAUGUUAAGUCUAUUUCCUGGGAAAAAUGUGUGUCUACCCCGAAGGUAGGAAAGGAGGGAGUUGCUAGCCUCUCUAGCAGUGCCGCGUUUAUUCUAAGAUGUGGGAGAUUCUUUUCCUUGCAACAGUUUUUGUCAUCUGCAUUCUUCCAAGGCUUUUAAGGUGCAUUUUCUUCUGUGUGAAAGGAAAUUCUUUGUCCUUUUCCUCUCCAGCACCGUGGCUUCCCAAGGUAGACACUAUUUUGUGCCUGUCACAGAGAGAGGGAGUGCAGGUUUGCAAUGCUCACAGACAAUUGAUUGUCUGCCCUAAUGUGUUUCAUUUACAUGUUUAUAACGUCAAUGGUGCUGGGGUGUCCACUGUACCAUUCAUUCCCACAUUCCCACAAGGGGGCAAUUGUCUGAAUGGCCAAGUCAGACACCUUUUUGAUUGCUCUUUGGUUGUCUUUUCAGAGCAAAGAGAUAAAGGAGGAAAAUCUGUGAUGCAGAAACACUAGUUGAAAAUAUACAGAAUUAAAUGUCACCACAAAAGCAGAUGUUAACAUAAGCCCAAAUAUGCUUUUUAGCCAAGAUGUGAAGGUUGAAAAAAAAUAAUUCAGAGAAGAGGGAAGGAUGAUUUAAACCAAUAAGUAUAGCCCUAUUCCCCCUCUUUAUUUCUUUUCUGUCUUUAGCAAUCAGAAGGUGAAAUGUAAUUUUCCUUUUCAUUUUUAAGCCUUGAAACAUCUAGGCACCUCCUCAUUAUUUGUAUGUUUGCUGUGAUUGUGAAUUUUGUAUAUAUUUACAUAGCUCUGUUUAUGCCAACAGCAUCAGCUUACCACUUGGAAAAUCUAUUGAAUGACUAUUUGGGCUGUGGGGAGUGUAAACUUUUAAAAAGUAAGAUCCAAGUAUUUCUUCAUCAAGCAGUUUUUAAAAGGAAAACGAUAAUAAUCAGUAGGCUACAUGGAAGCCUUUGCCUUCAUAGCUAUGUGCCAAAUACUUUUAUCUUGGGUGACAGUCGUGUCAGAGCAAAAGCUCUCAGGAAAAGUGUAACUAGUAGUUACAAAGUAAAUAAAGGAUUUCGUUUUAAGGUGUUCUGUAGUGUUUUUAUACUGUGUAUGUGCAUGUGUGUGUGUGUUGUCUUGUGUUUCCUCUGAGGGAGGUAAGAGGAGAACCCAUCCCUGCCUGUGUCUUUUGGCUUUUAUCUUCUAUUCGUUCUGCCCUACAUAUUACACAUAUAUGUAGCCUACAUGAAUACACCUGUUUAAAAGAAAAUCACAGUUCAGAUGGUGCCUUGAUGGUUCAUUUAGGAAACACAGUUAUUAGAAGUUGGUCUGAUUUCGCGUGUGGUCCAUGAAGAGAGAAAAUACCAACUCUUGGGUCAUCUGGUGGGAGGCAAACGGGGGAGGGGGAAAGUUUUAUAAUUUUGUAGUAAAUUUGAGAGGGGAAAAAUCGCCAGUCUGUGAAAAGAUUUUUGCCUCUCCGGGAAGACACACACACACAGUAGCUGCACCGUUAGCUGAACCUCUGACACGGCGGUCUUUUCAAUGCCUUAGGUAUGAUUUCACUUUCGCUCACAUCAAUGCUGACCUGAAUGCCUUUCAUAUCUGAUCCGCUGUGUCUCUCCCAGUAAACAUCCCCUGAGGGGAGAACAAAGAAAGGAGCUCUUCUUCUUCUUAAUCACAAUUCAGCCCUUUCACCGCCGGCAGGCUCCAUUUGCAUUCUGCCACAGAAAGCCAAGAUGAAAAGAAAGAGAGAGAGAGAGAGAGAGAGAGAGAGAGAGAGAGAGAGAGAGAGGCGCAGGCACAGGGUAGUGGCUGAGUAAAAUAACUUAGGUGUUUGUGGCUGUUUGUUGGGCUUCCCCUAGUUACCAGCCUUAUAUAGCUGAUGCUCCACCAGGCCCUGUCCCUCCUGACAGGCAUAUAGUGUUACAAGAUGGCAUGCCUGUACUAUUCAUGGCCACCCGCUCAACACUUGAGGUAAAAAGUGUCAGGAGGGGAUCCAGUUCUCCCCCAGAAGCCUGUUAGAUUUGGGGUCAGGUGUGUGGACUUCCCGCCUUUGAGUGCUGCCUGCGAUUUGGCUUUAAUAAGUCUGAUUGUUUACCAGCGGACCAGAGAGGUGAGGGCCCUGGGCGUGGGAGGGACAGGCGAGCUGCAGACUGGGCCCCUUGGUCUGAUUUCAGUGACGGGUGCUCACACCCAGGCUGAACACACUGAUAAAUCCUCAGGAAAACUGGAAAAGACUUUCCCAUUUUUCCCCCUGACUUUUUAUGAUAAUUCAUAUUUUCAAAUGAAAGGGGAAAAAAGCCAAGAAGAAACUCUCAAAUGAGCCAAAAAGGAAAAAAAAAAUUCUCUGAAAAGAAUUUUAGGGGGAAAAGUUGUGCUAUUUUAAAAAGCUUUGAGGGCUGUAAAGUGCCACGUUUUUCACACCUUCUCCAUACUUUUUUUUCAGAUUUUUUUAGUAUGUUUAACAUUUGUGAGAUGACAGCCUUUUUGUAUCUCAAACUGGAUGCUUCAAGAUUUGUAGGGAGGGGUUGGUGGUAUUCACGUUCUCUUGUGAGAGAAAGUUUGUGCCUAAAGGCCCCUUCUUCCUGGGAACUGUUUAAACCCUCGCAGGCAGACCUGUCAGGUUUUACUGUGUCAUUUGCCACCAUUUUCAACAUGCAAAAGUAACAUGCAGUUAAUGGUAUGGGAAUGAGACCACAGCCAGAGCAGAAACCUCUCGUGACAACUUUUCAGCGACAUUAUCUUGCUCCUAGACUGUCUUGUCUUUUUCUUCCCCUUUCUGAAACCACUUUUGAGAUGCCAGUUUUCUCCCAACAAUUAGAUUAAGGAUACAAUGCUCUCACACACAUGCACCACAUGUGCACACACGCGCGCGCGCGCGCGCAAACACACACACACACACACACACACACACACAACUUUGGAAGUGCCAUCUCUUCCAACAGCAGAGUGAAUGAUUUGAAACAGGGGCUUUUCCAAUAGUCCUUGUGGCAGAUUUCACUUUUAAGAGCAAAACUAACGGAUAUAUUAGAAGUUGUAUGCGAACAUGUGACACAGAUUCCUGAUUUUUUUUUUCUUUUUCCCAGAAGAUUUACAGAAUUUACAAAAAGAGAUUAUCCCUACACCUUCCACCCCUCCUAGCUACCCCCAUGACCCAAGCAAUGAAGGAUUUAGGCAGAUUUACUUCAGUAAACACCUUUGGACACUUGGGGGGAAAGUGGGAGUCUGUUUGCAAAAGGAGGCUUUUGUUAAGUGAGGUACCGGGAUAAUGCUUUACCAGGCAGCUGUGAUAUUAACCUACCCAGCAAUGCGGGAACACUCUUUAACUCUUUGAGUGCCUGGCCCCUUGCGCUCAGCAGAUAAAAUCCUGGCUCUCCAAAGACACUCAGUAUUCUGGCUCUAGCAGUUUAUUAUUCAGACAAGUCUUAUAGGCAUGAAAACUGUUCAAGCUUUUAAAACAAUGUGGUUUAAUUAGAUGAGGUGGACUUACAUUGCUCAUAAGCCCUCCAAAUGGUGGUUUAUAAUUGGCAAGGAAAAAAAAAAGAUAGAAAAAAGGAAUCAAGGCAGCACAUUAAAAAUUCCAGGAAAUAUCUUUAGAAAAGCUAUUUUCAUUUCUAGCUUUUAAAAUAUUAGACUACGGUAGCUAGAGGGAAUGAAGCAGCUGGGGCCUCUCUCCUUCCUAUAAAAGACACCAGAAGUUUGUGAUGAAGAAAGGGGCUUCAACUUGAAAGCUGUAAGAAGCCAGUUUGGACAGUGAUAUGAUCUCAGCCUUCACAUCUUUUCAAGGGGGAAAUACUGCCUAUCUGUCCGAAGCUGGGAGGUCAUGUGAACCUCAGAGUCAGGGCCUCAGGCUGGCCGUUACCAGCUUGAGACUUUCCAAAGCAAGCAGAGAGACAUUUAUGAGGAAGGAGUUAAUGGUUAUUUUUUGCUGGGCACAAGAAUAACUUUACAGGUGUUGCAUUUGGGCUUAAAUAAGAUUGCCUUAUUUAGUUUCGAAAAAAGAGUGUAGGUGUCAACAUUCGAGCAGCCACAAAUGUGUGAGAAAGUAAAGGGUAUGAGACAUGACGGAAUUAAAGGUGUUUGCUAUGUUGUUACACCGUGUGUCAGGCUGCAAGCUCCCUUUGUCACAGCCUCCUGGUGAUUUGACAGCGCAGAUCUACUUCCCUUCUAGGUGAGACAGCAUUUUUAAACUGGAGUUAUAAAUAUGGUACACCCUUCAAGUUGCACCCUGCCUCCCAGAUCCGUGAAUCCUAUUUGAAAGCAUCCUGCCCUAAGACACAAUGAACAAAUGCCCGUAUGCAAGGGGGCUGUGGGCUCGGGGGCCCGGGCAGCGCCAGCAUCACAGUAGCUGGCAUUGACUGUUGUUUGGCAAGAAGGUCCUCUGCCAAAUCAUCCAAUAAUUAAGUUUUAUGUUAUUUGUAUGAACGACCAAGCAUGCAGUAUUCCUUUUCAAAUCAAAGGGAGGCUUAAAAUUACUUUUUGAACACUUUCAGACCAUGGUCAGGUCACAGUUUGGGGGCUGAAUUAAAAUGAUCUCAUUCAUGAUCUAAUUGAGGUUGGCAAAACCUUAGCAGUAGCAGGAGUACAUAAAUAUAAAUCAAAGACCAAAAUUUAGCAAAUCAUAUCAUUUGCUAGAAAUCUGCUCAUGAAUUAUUCUCCGAUUGCCAACCCAGAAGUUAAACUUUGUCUCCCCUCAGCAACAGUAACUGCGCAUAUUUUUUCAGGCUUCUGACAGGAAAGUUAGAGGAGCUGAAAAGAGAAAGGAGAAGGAAGAUGAUCACUGUGUCAUCAGAUAUUAUGCGUUUGUGACCCAAGAAACUAUGAGAGCUGAUAAAGCCAUGUACAUUUACAAUGGGUGCUGCAGCCUUGGUUGGAAAUUAAUAUGGGUUUCUAAAAACCAGACUUUGGAAGAGCAGGCAGCACAGACACAUUAAGAGUGUAAGGGAAGCAAAUGUUUCAAGAAGGGUCUGAUUGUACUUUGCUUUCAUUUUUCAAUUGAGAAAUGUAAUCAUCAUAAUGAUUCAUGAUUAUUUACAAAUUUAGUUCUGUUACUGAGCUGGGUCCAGGGAUUGGGAUUUGAAGUAGUGGUUAGAACUAGAAGACAAUAUGAAACUGUUAGUGUGCAUAUUCAGGUUACCUUUCACACUUUCUUCCUUUUUAAUUUAACACUGCUAUAAAAUUAAGACUCCAAAUAACUUUUCCUAUAAUCUAUGGAAUUAAAUGUCAUAUUCUAUUGUACCUAAUCCAUUUUUAAGUCGUUCUAAAUUUUUCUUGGUUGCUGUGUGUGAUUUCAUCUUAAACCCACACAACACUUUACUAUAAACUAGAAGAAGUCUAAUUCUGCACUUGAAUCUUUUGAAGUUAAAAUUUUAAAUCCUGUGUACAAGAAGAUAUUCUUUUAAUCAAACAGUAAACACAGAACUGGUCAGUUGGCGAACUUUAUGCAUCAUAAAUAUAUGAAGGUAUAUUUUUAAAUCUUCAGGAUAAAGCAAGAUGGAAACAUUUUAAUAUAGUCUCAGGUGAGAGAGGAGAUGACUACAUUCUUUUGGGAAUAGGUAGUCAUUCCUGAUUUCCUAAAAUGUAUUCUACAUUUAAAAAAAAAAACAACUGUAAUGGAUUCCUCUUUAAUAGUUACAUUGCCCAUAUGACAACGUAGUGAUUUUUGUUCUCUAUAUACUGUUUCUUAUUAUUUUUAUAGUAAUUAACUCUAGGAAAGGUACUCCUGACAAGGGGAUAGCUACUCCCUCCCCCCAAAUAAGAAAUAAUCUGUAAUAGAUGGACAGAUUAAAAUAUUGUGCUAUAUAAAAUCUGAGGUUUUUUUUUUCUCUCGAAUGGAUGAGUAAAUUUCAAGGAAUUCAGUGCCCAAGUGAUCUAUAAAUGUAAUAUAUAGCUUUCACUGUUUCUUAGUUUAAGAAAAUAUUUAUUGUCUUGUAUAUCCAAGUAACCGUAAUCAAAGAAAUUGCAAUUGCCUAUUCUUGGAAGUACCUAAGUUUCUAUUUUAGACACCAUGCACAUCAAUGGAAGUGUUUCACAUCAUGAGAAUUCUCAGUUUUAAGAGGUGAGGUUUGUAUAUAAGGAACUCAGUAAGCUGUGUUUUCAUAAUAAAUAGACCCAUUAAGAGGGAAACAUCUCUGAGCAAAAUGGUUGUCCUCUAAAGAUUUCCCAUCACCUUUGCUCUGCUGAUGGGAAUUUGAAAACUAAAUACAGCCCGUGUGCACACAUUCCCACAUGCACACAAACACAAAUGCACCCUAGGAUCCAAACUCUGAGAAUUUUCCUCUUUAACUUUCACUACAAUCGUCUGGCUUGUGAAUGAAAUACACUUAAACAAAAAUAGUAGAGGCGAAGAAUUAAUGUAGAUUCUUGUUUAGUAGGAUUUAUUGUAGGGGAAAAAUGUGUUCCCUAUGCCACAUGACUCUUAUGAAACUUACACCUAUUAAUCUAAGCUUUAAGUGUAUUAUUUAGGAUAAAUUACUAGCUUUGUGCUUUUGUAAUGUUUUCCCCCAUUUCCCUUCAGUAUUACCAACCUUAACAGAGAUUAUCCUAAACUGAUUGCAAAUUGUUAUGGUUUUAAAAACAGCAUUCUGGAGUACUGAAUAAAGAUAGCAUUUUAAAGUAGUGUUUACAAUAUUUAGAAGAAAAAAGGGUGGGGGGAGAUUUAAAACUAUACUGAACACUGAGAAAUAUGUGGAGUUUUAUACUUGUGCAGAUAAUUGUGAGGUAGCCUUGCCCUGUGAAACCAAGACCACAAAUGAUACGUGUCAGUAGGUUCUUUGAUAGGGCUUCUGGCCACAGUGUUUUUGUGCUGUCAAACUGCUAUGUUGAACAAACACCUCCUCUGGGACAGAGUGAUAAAUGCAGAGACAGGCUGGCUUCAACCAGUCUCAGCAAUCUCCUCAACCACACCCCCACUCCCAGCCCACCUCCCACCUCCCACAAUCCAGCCACCUCCCACCUCACUUUGCCCCUUUACCUGAAAUUGACAUUUAUAUAGAGUUGCCCAGGAUUUUUUAAAGUGUCAGUGGUAAUUGUUGAUACUCCCCAAAUCUUAUGAAUCAGUACUCUGAAACUGCAGGCAAAGUCCUUUUUCUGGCAGGCUUUAUCUAGUCUUUUUAAAUGGAACUGGACUGAGCUUCUAAACUUUUGCCAACUUGAACUUUUUCCACCUUUGCUUAAUCACUUGAAAACCACUUGCUUUCCUUGUCUUUCCCCUAGUCGCUUGAGUUUUAUUUUCUAAUGUUCAAGCAAUUACAUUGUGCAACACAAACAAAAUUUUGCCUUAAAAAAUCCAAACACUAUUACCUCCUACUUUUCACUUUCUAGCAUUUUUUUAGGGCUAACAUUUCAAAUGUAUAGUCAACUGGGGUUUUUUUCCUCCUUCUCUCUCGGAGCCAUUAUUCUCUGACUAAAACCUGUUUACUGGUGCCUUUGUGUGUGCGUUUUUUUCCCCUGACAUUAAAUGAAUUUCCAUCUUCUACUUCUGCAAUCUCUAAGAAAUAGAUAAACCAUUAUAUUUUUUCCCUGCUCGUAUUUUAAAGUGGUGAUCCUGACAGCAGGACGAUUAUUGCACUUUAUGUUUUAGUGGAUGUUUGCUGUUGCUAGUUACAGCAACACUUAUCAUAAGACAGCAAGAAAAGAGUAGUCACUGGUAAUUAAAGUAAUGAAAUAUUCAUUUACUCUACCUUUUCUGUAGUCUCACAAAUUAGGCUGCUACAUUUAAUGCCUGCACUGCCUCUGUUUUUAUUAUAAUGGCAGCUUUCGCAUCUGCAAUUAGGACUAAUUCUGACAGUUACAAUUUCUGAGGGAUGGUAAACAGUGAACGAGAUGUGCAGCAGAGGUAUUACACGUGAAAAGCCCUUGUCUCUUUAACCUUGUUGUUUUUUUUUCUCGCAGAGGUUACCUUUUCCCGAUGGUGCAAAAUCGACUUGACAUAACUGUUCAUCAGUUUCAGGGUUUUCCCUGGAGGUAUUUGCAUCAAAUCAGCCCAGUCAAGCUUCAAGUUGAAAUUGGCAGGCCAGAAACUCACAGGGUAGAGACUGGAAAAGAGACAGCCAAAGUACAGGCAGCAAACUGACAGCAGCAGAGUGAAAGACAGAGGGGCGGGGGGAGGUUGAGAGCGAGAGCUUUUCAACUUUAGUGUGCGGGGAAAUCUCAGCUUCUGUACUGAUCUCAGCAGCACGUAUCCUGAAGGAGCUUGAAAGGUUGGGAUUCAGCACACCUUCAACUAAUUCUUACCACUAGGGCUCACCAGCCUUGCUCCGUGGGUUUGCUCUCACUUAAUCUGAUUGGAUGCCUAAAGAGGAGUGGGCACACUUAAUUAAACGGAAGGAAAGUUCCGAGGCACCUCCCCAGCACUUAUUAAAGCUUGAAAGCCAAAUCUCAUGAUCAGUGUUAUAGGAGGAAAUUAAGGUGGUUUGGGUUUUUUUUCUAAUUGUUAACUUGUAGGAAAGUGAACAAUCCCUCUCUUUACCAGGUUUGUUUUCUCGGGGGUUCUCUUCUGAGCAGAUUAAAUGUUCACAGAGACUAGAGCUCAGGGGACUGUCCAUUAAAAAGCUAAUGCAUUUUGGCUAACAAAAAUCCAGUACAAGUAGCAAAAAUUAUAUUUGAAGAGAUACUCCUUUGCAUAACAUGGGUUCGCCAGUUCUCUGUGUCAAAUAAUGCCCUCUAUCCUGAUAACAUAAGAACAUGUAUUAAGUUGUUUAAAAGGUCAAGAAGCGUGGCAAAACCUUAAAAUAUCUAUGAUACUCAACUUUUAGUCUCAACAAGGUCACUUUAAGAAAAAUUCCAUGAUUGCAAAACUUUUAUAAUUGCUUUUACAAAGAAAACAAAUAUGAAAAGUGUUUCCUUUGCCUGAGAACAUUUUUUCUCCUUGAUGUCUUUAAGAAAAAAAAUUGUCAUCCUUCCCCGUCUCUUCUAACUUUGGAGUGGGAGGGGGCUGGUGUUUUUACUAGAUGAUUUAAAAUCCUCCUCACUUUCCAAGUAGACUUGGGGGUCGAAUAAGCCCUUGCUUUCAAACCAUCUUCUAGCUCUGUGUAUGACAGGCAUUGGCUGAUCUGCUGAUGCCCAUUCGACAGGCACUGUUGAACUAAAGUGGUGUGACGGCACAGUUUUGUUAAGCUGUGAACAAAGGGCUGAAGAUGCCUUGCUGGCAUCAUCCAUGUGCAUAUUGGCCUUGUCACAGUUUUGCUUGAUUUAAUGCUCUGUUUAUUCCUAGAUAUUAAAACUUAAAUUCUGAACAAUAUGUUUUCAAAUACUACAUACCAACUUUAUUUUAAAAGCUUUAACUUUGAAGACCCUAGGGUCCAUUUGCUCAUCCAGUUUCUGUGUAGCCAGCAUUAAAACACAGUUUUGGAAAUAAAUAGAUUGCCAGUAGCCUCUUAGCUGUUAUCCAUUUAAAAAUGGGAUUCCAGUCUUUAAAAGUCUUACUAGGAUAAAAGAUUUAUUUUUCUUUGAUCAUUGGUUGAAAGUCAUUAUUUAUUUCCAGCACUGGAUUGUCACAUAAAUUCCUAAGGAAGAGUUACCUUGUGUGUACAUAGUGCAGUCAGAGUAGACUUUUUAAAAUGACAAAUUAUUAAAGAGAUAUUCAGUAAUAAAAGAAAGCAUUUACAAAUACCUGUAAGGGUAGGCACAUCACCACUAACAGAAAAAAAAAAAAAAUCAAGGGAGUUUAUGUUAAAGGGAGCCCUAUUUAAGAGAUAGCAGCAGAAUUAAGAUUGAGACUUAAAAAUGAAAUAAUUGUUAUGAAAAUCCCUUUUCCAGAGGCAACAGCUUGCCCAUCAAAAAAAAAUCUUAAGUUUGGUACUAAAUUUAGAUUCCAGUGUCCUGUUGAAUGUGUCUUGAGCUUUAUCUGUGCUUGGUUUUUGUUCCCCCUCUGCCUCUUUUUCCACUCUUCAGGUUUGCUUCAAGUGUUUGCUAAGAGAUUAGUUAGCAAGUUUAUAUUGAGGAGGUAGCCAUGGGAGGCAGCUCUCUGCUUGAAGGAACGCGCAGUGGGUCAGAGUGAGAAGAUACAGGGAGCUGAGACUGACUAAGGCCUGGGAUCAGGUACUUUAUUUUCUCUCAAAGACAAACUGCCCGUAGAAAGGUUGGUGGGCUGGCAUCUGCCAGCAGGAGCACAGAUGUUACCACUUUUAGAAACUUCCAAACAAGCAUUAUUGCUGGAACAACUUUAUGAAAAAAAAAAAAAAAAAAUCUGCUGCCGGAAUACUCCCUUUUCAUUAUGUAAAGAGGCUAUAAUUUGAGAUAUUCAAGGUUAUUUUUACCUCCAUUCAUGAAACAGCAUCUUUCUUGAGAGCUGUUACGAGUUAGGUGAGGAAGGUGGCAAAGGAGAGAAAAAUGCUCAGCAACCUAAAAGUAUUGCUGCUGCUAAUAACCAGUGAGACUCCACUAAGAAUCUGAAAUAGAAUGUCCAGGGUAAAACACAACCGCGUUUCUACCUGUAUUAACCGUGCUUUCUUAGCAGUGAGUGAAAUGAAUUAAUGAAUUGCCCAUUUUUUUCAGUGGUAGCUUUGCUCCAUGUUCACUUAUACCAAAUAAUCCCCACAGCCAGAAAGGAUGAUACAGGUAGGGGUGGCUAGGAGAGAAUAAACCUUUAUUGCUAGUUUUUACAUCAUGCAUGAGAAAGACGCUUGCAAACAGCAUAGAUUGCAAGACACUCUGUGGCCUGUCCUCUUAGUUUCAUGAGAAAAUUUUGCCCAAUCCCAUAGGUAUGAACAAGAUUUAGACAUGUAAUCUCCAACCUGGGGAAGAGAGCUUUUAACAUAUUAAUGGGGCAGAUUCUCACUUAAUAUACGAUGUGAAUUUUGGCAUCAGUUUGGGGUUUCUUAUUAAUACUUUGUUAGCAACUGUUUAUGGAAGAGACAAACAGCAGUCCAUCCAAAUAGUCCUCCUCCCCCAACCCCUAUCUCGAUAUUAACGGCUUUGUCCUGUCAGCUCAUAACCUUCUAUCUUUAAAUUGCUCUAAAUGAAGCCAUAGCUCUAGUUAUGUUUUGUAACAAAUCCAUGGCUGGGACCAACAUGACUUCUCACCUUUUAAUGAACUGUUCUAGUUUAGGAUCUUCGAAGGAAUGGAGUGUAAAAAGAAGCAAAGCAGGAGAUGAAGAGGUCUCGUAAAUAGUUUCCCUUGAACAUCCACAAUUGCUUACAUGGCCUUUUCCCCUUUUUUCCAGGCUGGCAGAAAUGGCCUAGCCCAGGACUCAUCCAAGUGAGCACAUUUCAGAACUACUCAUUGGAUGAUUGGAGGGAGACAGAAGCCCUACGAUACCAAAGCAGUGUAUUAAUGGAGAAAGUUCCUGAGAUUGGGAGUGGGUGUGACGUUAGGCUAGGGCAUUCCUGAAGGGCACUAAUUCAUGUGAGAAUAGUAAGUGUAUAUCUUCUAGCUAUCAGUUAGCAUAAGGUUUCAUAAACAGGUACUGAUGGCUCUUUCACCCCCUACCCCCACCAUCCAAUUUCUAGCUGAGUGUGGAACAGGCUCUGCUUCCUAUAAAUAAGAUCUUUGAAUUUAUCUGCAAUGAGGUACAGCUUUAAUGAUCUGUAUCUGCAAGCCAGGAGCAUGAAUGUGAUCUUAUUGUAUCAUAGUGUAGAGAUGAGAUAGGCUAGCGCUACAGCACACCAGUGCAUUGUGCCUGGGUGUCUGGAACAAUCCUUCCAUUUCCAAAGCAGCAACUCUUUAUUUUUCAUCAUUGUUUCUUUACCUCACUUGUAUGCUCCUUGUGAUACAGAUCUGAGUGAGUUGUGCAAGCUUCAGACUUGCCAUCCUCCAGCUCCCAGGCCUAGUACAGAGUAAUUCAUAAACUUACCAUAUUAGACUAUCAGAUUGAAACCAAGGGUUUCUACUGUGGUGGAAUUGGAAAGCCCAUUGUUUUGAUUAUCAUUUCAUCAGCCCCAACUGAUACUAGUAUGCUCAAGGAAAACAUACUUCAGUUACAGUUGAUUUUCAGAUUCCAAAAUGGUGCUGCAAAGCCUGUGCAUCUCUAAUUAUAUUUUAUGCUAGGCUGUGCAAUACCAAAAUAUACGCCGCAGCAAUCAGUGAGUGAACAGUAUCAAUCAAUUUGUAAACAGAUGAAGUCACUCAUUCCCAAACUGGUUUUCCAAAAACAAUUACUAAAUUACAAUAGAAAAAAAUUGUACAGUUACUGUAUUUGUGUGCUGUGUUACAAUCAACAUACCAGGGAAACAAAACAAUUUAAUGCAGAAAAAUCAUCAUUCAUCUACAUUAUAAUUGCUUCUUUUUCACAUCUACAGGGCGGUUAAUUAAAAUUGUGAUUAAAUGCGGUCGCGCUGCCUAAGAUGUCUUGCCCAAAACAGGUGGUACAGAAUUUAAAAGUAAAAAAAAUGUAAUUAGCAUUGGAAAUUGAGAAAUUGCCUGUAAGAAUCAGUGUUAAUUUCAGUCAGUGAUGAGGUAAUUUAUAAAUGAAUGCAGUGGAGGCUGUGCAAAUGCACAAUUGCCUUCCUUGCCAUUCUUAGCAUUCUCAGCAUGCAGGUGAAAAUGUUUUCAAAAUAUUGAGGUAAUUUGAAAAUCAAUCCAUGCAUUCUGUAUCUUUUUUCUCCCAUUCGUACCAAAUGCUGAACAAAUGCUGCCAUAGAUGGCACAAUCCAUCAGUUUUUUACUUUCUAAAAGCAAUGCUGCACAUAUUUUAGACCUAGAUUAAGAAAUAUAACAACACAAAUUGCAAGCCUAAAAUUGUUACAUGGGUCAGAAUUGUACACCUGAACAUCUGACUAACUGGGAUUUGUUUGACUGUGAAAUGCUCCCGUCAAUAAGAUACAGACCUGGAGGGAAAUCUUUUCAUGGUAUAGGCAGUACAAACAAAAUGACUAUUAACCUAUCCAAUAAAUACUUGAGAAUAAAUUUUUAAAGUUUAAGGAAGAAACAGAAAAUUUAUAAUAAGGCUGAUAUUUUCCUUAGAAUCUUAAACUGUAACUUUGUUAUUCCCUCUAGAAACAUCUAAAACCAGUUAAUAAAGUUAUCACUAGGAAAAAUGUUUCCAGAAAUUCACUGUUUUUCAAUGUCAUCGUUCCUUUCAACAAAAGUUACAUCUGCAAUUUUCUACAAUUUCUAUAAUUUAAAACAUUAUAGUAUCAACUUAACAUAUUUCAAGCAUUCUAUUAGCACAUGAGUAUAUUUAUAGAUUAGAUACUAGUUAAAAAUUAUUUCUAUAUUUUUACUAUUAAACUACUAGGCUUUUAAAAUCUCCUCUUAAUUGAAGAAAUAUAACUUUCUGGUGCUUAUUCUGGCCCUCUGAACAAUAUGAAUUAAAAAUAUUGUAAUAAUGAAUUGAGAAGAUGGGGUUUGAGUAUCUGGCUUGAUACUACUGGAGUGAAGAGACUUUGUGGAGCUUUUUAAGCAUUGUCUUCUGUGUUUGGCAUUCUGCAAAAUGAUCUCUCCAUAUAAAGCUCAUCCUAAGAAUAUGUUUAUUUAAUUGUGGCAGAUCAAUCUGAUAAUCAAACUCUCUCAUGUAAAAUAUUCUACAUGUUUUUUUCUGUUUCAGGCAGAAAUCAAUAAUUUCAUUUCACUCUGAAGUCAUGUUUUUGGUUAUUACUGACAUUUUGGGGAGAGAGGUGAAAAAUAAGGAAUACUUUAUCUCUGGGAGUGUCUCUAUGCAUUCAUUCAUCCAUUUUUAGAGACAGGGUCCCACUCUGUGGUUCAGACUAGAGUGCAGUGGCACCAUCCUAGCUCACGGCAGCCUCAAGAUUCCCGAGCUCAAGGGAUCUCUGAAAGUAUCUUGCUAUCCUCUGAUUUCAGGCCUGGUAUUGUGCCUUCCCUCAUGACCCUUCCUGAUCGUUUUUAGGAUACAAAUAAAAAGUGUAAUUUAGAGGUGACAGCUCAGCUGGUUGUUCCAAGUGGCAUGCCAUCAUUUCUCUCAUUUUUAAAUCUGUUUCCCGUUUAAUAUUACAAGUAGAAAUAAAAUGAGACCUAUAAAUGGAGGAAACAGAAAGAUCACCAGUUAACUCCAUGAUCCCUCUCUUUUCACCAGCUCUUGCCUCCCACUAACUGUGAUGACGACGAUUUCAUAUUCCAGCAGUAACUUCACCUUCAGCGGGGGUGGGUGCAGACUUCAUCAAAGUAUGGCUUCCUGGGUUACCUUCAGGACCUGUAAACAUAAGAACUGCAAACACAUGAGACUUGGCUCAAAUUUCAGCAGAGUGAUGGGAUGGGGAAGGUAUUGUGACAUGCUCCAGGCUGCACUAGUUCUGAGUUUGCAAGGGGUCACGAGGGUUAGAGAAUCACAGACGUCAAUAGAGCACCAGGAUCUUCCUACCUCUUGAAAUAUUUUCAGUAGAACUCUUACCUCUUUACGUUUGGUUCGUAGUGCCCUAUGAGCUUAGCAGGACAAUGUGGCGUUACUUGGGAGAUUCCACCAAUGUUAUAUAUAUGUUCAGAAUGACAGUGUCUUUUUAUACAAGCUCCCCCCGCCAAGUGUCAUCUCUGUACUCUUACAGGGUCAUCAGGAUUGUCAGAAAAGGCCUGGACUACAUGCCUAUCCCAGCAUUAGAUUGGCAUUUUUUUUAAAGUCCUUUUUUGUUUCAAAGUUUGCCAUGUGAGCUUAACUCAAUUCAUUCUGCUAUUAUUACAAGCAUCACCUCUUUGAAGCUGAUGUCAGAUUCAUGAAAGAAAAAUGCACAUUUUCUUUUUCUUCUCAGGGCUCCUUCACCUUUAUUCCUGAGGGUGAUCAGAGCUUUGCAUUGUAAGAAAAAGAAAAUUCUUCUCAUUGCAACAGUAAUUGAAAAGUAUGUCAUCAGGUCCUUUCUAGGUCUUUCUCUGGUAUGUCAGCAGAAAACUGUAGUGUUUGUUCACUUUGCAUUAAUUAUAUACCUACUAUGUACAGGCUCUGCAGCUGAGGCUGUGAUCAAAAAAUGGAUGCUAGAGACUGGGCCCCUGAGAAGCUUGCUGUGUAGUGGGAAAUGGGGGUGCAUUUAAGAAAUGAUGAAAAUGUGAUAAGUGCAUGAAGAACUUUGUACCCAGUACAGAGAGAGUACAGAGAAUGGCACAGCUAGAUCUGGGAGCAGGUAGUGAGGGGAGACUUCAUGGCAGAGGUGGCUUUUGAGGCAACUGUUGUCAUAGGACAUGGAUUUCGCCAGCACGCUGGGCUGAGAGGGCACGGCACGCUGGGCUGAGAGGAUGGCAGGUACAACCCAGGAGGAAGUGUGAACAGUGCAGGCAUUGUCAGCCGACUGAGAUGUGUAAAACACAGGGCAUGAGCAAAGAGGAUGAGCUUGAUUUGAGUCUGCAAAGGUGGUCAGGGAGCAGAAGAAUCUCCUAUCCCACAUUUUUGGCUUGUAUCCAGUAAAUAGGUGAUGGUGAGCUUGCAAACCAUGUUUUAAAGAAGAGUGACAUAAUCAUAUCUGCGUUUCAGUGACAUGUCUCUGGCAACUGUAUGAAAGAUGAUAUUAUCUAACGUUUGCUGAGUACUUAAACAAUAUGCUGGGACCUGUGCUAAGAAUUUUGCCUGUCAUCUGAUGUCGCCCUGACAAUAAUACUGUGAAAUGGGUACUAUUAUUUUAAUACUAUUUUUACUGAUGAGGAAAUUGAGGUUUAAAAGGGGCAUGAGCCUGGAGUCAGGAAGAAAGUCUACGAUGAAGUGUUACAGCAAUUAUGGAAUUUCUAGAGUUACAGGCAACACUGGCAAUAAUGAUCAUUGACUUGAAGGACAUUUGGAAAAGAAACCCCAGCAUUUGAUUCUGUUUCUAUGGGUGAAUAGUGAGACUAAGUAGGGUGUAAGAAUGUUUAUCCUCAACAUUUAUUCUUUCUUUCAUCACUAUGUCAGUUUGGAAAAAGAAAAUAAAAAAAUGGUUGUUGAUCCUCAAGAAACUAAUCCUAGAAUAUGUUACCUCUUUGGGAGCUUGCAAAGAGAUGGUUAACAGACAGCCCUUCAAAACAGUGGAAUUUAGUAAACCCUGGAACACUGGCCUUGCUGAUUAAAUUCAUGACAUUAAGGCCUUCUUCGGCCUUAUGAGGAAGCAGAUGAAAAUAAUCCCUUUCCGAUGACUAUUUUCCCCCUUUUCUGAAUUAACUCUUCCAUUACCUAAGACUCACCAAUCCUCAAACUUCUAAAUUCUCCACUGCCUUAUCUCUGCCAUCCCAUGGCAAGCCCUAAAGCUGCUAACAUUUUGUAGCAACUAUGUGACAAAUUGUUGUGCUUUUAUUCAUAUCGGACAUCUUUGCCAGGCUUGCUUGUUGUGUUUUCUGUUUGGCUGUGUCAUGGGACCAAAGGUGCCUGCCUUUGUACAGCAUGUCAAAUCUGGUUAACAUGCAGCCAUUUAUCUUUAAAACCACUCCUACACAAUGGCAGCGGUGGGCCAGGCCACAGGGCUCCAAGCACAACCCAAUUUUUCAGACCAUCUUUUCUGCAUAUGGGGAGCACGUUGGACAGCAGACAAGACAUUCUGUGAUUUGGGGAAUCUCUUAGAGACAAAUUGUAGAGUACAAGUGCAGUGUAACUGGACUGCUGGGUGCCCAGUGAAGUGAGGAAAAUCAGAUACAGCACAGGCUGAAAGAAUGAAGCAAGAAUUCAUAUCUCUGUGCAGAACAUGCACAAUACUUUGCUCACACAGAGAGUUCACACAUAGACAAAAGCAUGUUUGCUUGUGGGUUAUUUUCAGGGGAUUCUACAGCCACAGUCUAAGCAUAUAUAUUUGUACAUAAGCUUUCUUUCUGCAUUUUGUAGUGGUAGGUGUGUCUACAUGUGAACACGUAAACAUGCGUAUAUGAGAAGACAAUUUGCUGUUACUGAUUUAAGACAUGGGAAAGGCCUCCUCUGAGGCAUUUCCCUCCUAAUGUAGUAGAAGCAGAAUCUUUUUGUUUUCUAUAAUUGUUUCAAUAAAGGACUCUGUGUGUGUUUAAGAAAGAGUCAGAGCCAGAGAGUGUCAAGUGCUGCAGUGAAAAAUACUGAAGACUUUUCUUUCCAUAAGACAGCUGCAAACUUUAUAACCUAAUUCACUUUGGAUUUUCAUUUCUCAAUUGUUUCAAGGUGUCUUGGGGAUGAUUUGCCCUUAAAUAACUAAUUAUCAACAAAGGAGAAAAGAUAGCAAUAAAAAAUGUGAUAAACUUGCAUAGCAUAAUUUAACUAAAAUGAAGGAGUUCCUUGCUUGGAGCAGCUCAAGGACUGAACAUAGCAACACUGUGUGAUUUAAAUGAAAUGUUCAGAGUGGUCAAUAUAAAUACAUAUGUAGACAGGUGAUAGUAUAUGUGUAUGUAUAUAUUGAGUUACUUCUUGAAUAGGCAGUUUUUCCUUUUUUUUUCUUUUUCUUUCUUUUUUUUUUUCUGAGUAAAGGACCCAAGAGAUUGCCUUUCACUUUGAAAACAAUCUCUAAUAUCAGGAAAAUGCGCUGUUUGUUUAUGCGUACAUAAUGCAAGUUUGUCCGCCUGGGAACUGCAGCAAAUGGGAGAAGUAUGCAUGGAUUUCACAGUGGUGAACUAUGACAAUGUAGUGGACACAGGUUCUGAAACAGAUGAGGAGGACAAGCUUCAUAUUGCUGAGGAUGACGGUAUUGCCAACCCUCUGGACCAGGAGACAAAUCCAGCUAGCGUGCCCAACCAUGAGUCCUCCCCACACGUGAGCCAAGCUCUGUUGCCAAGAGAGGAAGAGGAAGAUGAAAUAAGGGAGGGUGGAGUGGAACACCCCUGGCACAACAACGAGAUUCUCCAAGCCCCUGUAGAUGGUCCAGAAGAAAUGAAGGAAGACUAUGACACUAUGGGGCCAGAAGCCACGAUCCAGACCACAAUUAACAAUGGUACAGUGAAGAAUGCAAAUUGCACAUCAGACUUUGAGGAAUACUUUGCCAAAAGAAAACUGGAGGAACGCGAUGGUCAUGCAGUCAGCAUCGAGGAGUACCUUCAGCGCAGUGACACAGCCAUUAUUUACCCAGAAGCCCCUGAGGAGCUGUCUCGCCUUGGCACGCCAGAGGCCAAUGGACAAGAAGAAAAUGACCUGCCACCUGGAACUCCAGAUGCUUUUGCCCAACUGCUGACCUGCCCCUACUGCGACCGGGGCUACAAGCGCUUGACAUCACUGAAGGAGCACAUCAAGUACCGCCAUGAGAAGAAUGAAGAGAACUUUUCCUGCCCUCUCUGUAGCUACACGUUUGCCUACCGCACCCAGCUCGAGCGGCAUAUGGUGACGCACAAGCCAGGGACAGAUCAGCACCAAAUGCUAACCCAAGGAGCAGGUAAUCGCAAGUUCAAAUGCACAGAGUGCGGCAAGGCCUUCAAAUAUAAACACCAUCUGAAAGAACACCUGCGAAUUCACAGUGGUGAAAAACCUUACGAGUGCCCAAACUGCAAGAAACGUUUCUCCCAUUCUGGUUCCUACAGUUCGCACAUCAGCAGCAAGAAAUGUAUUGGUUUAAUCUCUGUAAAUGGCCGAAUGAGAAACAAUAUCAAGACGGGUUCUUCCCCUAAUUCUGUUUCUUCUUCUCCUACUAAUUCAGCCAUUACCCAGUUAAGAAACAAGUUGGAGAAUGGAAAACCACUUAGUAUGUCUGAACAGACAGGCUUACUUAAAAUUAAAACAGAACCACUAGACUUCAAUGACUAUAAAGUUCUUAUGGCCACACACGGGUUUAGUGGCACUAGUCCCUUUAUGAAUGGUGGGCUUGGAGCCACCAGCCCUUUAGGAGUUCAUCCAUCUGCUCAGAGUCCAAUGCAGCACUUAGGUGUAGGGAUGGAAGCCCCUUUACUUGGAUUUCCCACCAUGAAUAGUAAUUUAAGUGAGGUACAAAAGGUUCUACAGAUUGUGGACAAUACUGUUUCCAGGCAAAAAAUGGACUGCAAGGCUGAAGAAAUUUCAAAGUUGAAAGGUUAUCACAUGAAGGAUCCAUGCUCUCAACCUGAGGAACAAGGAGUAACUUCUCCUAAUAUUCCACCUGUCGGUCUUCCAGUAGUGAGUCAUAAUGGUGCCACUAAAAGUAUUAUUGACUAUACAUUAGAAAAAGUCAAUGAAGCCAAAGCUUGCCUCCAGAGCUUGACUACUGACUCAAGGAGACAGAUCAGUAAUAUAAAGAAAGAGAAGCUACGUACUUUAAUAGAUUUGGUCACCGAUGACAAAAUGAUUGAGAACCACAACAUAUCCACUCCAUUUUCAUGCCAGUUCUGUAAAGAAAGUUUUCCUGGCCCCAUCCCUUUGCAUCAGCAUGAACGCUACCUUUGUAAGAUGAAUGAAGAGAUCAAGGCGGUCCUGCAGCCUCAUGAAAACAUAGUCCCCAACAAAGCCGGAGUUUUUGUUGAUAAUAAAGCCCUCCUCUUGUCAUCUGUACUUUCUGAGAAAGGAAUGACAAGCCCCAUCAACCCAUACAAGGACCACAUGUCUGUACUCAAAGCAUACUAUGCUAUGAACAUGGAGCCCAACUCCGAUGAACUGCUGAAAAUUUCCAUUGCUGUGGGCCUUCCUCAGGAAUUUGUGAAGGAAUGGUUUGAGCAACGAAAAGUCUACCAGUACUCAAAUUCCAGGUCCCCAUCCCUGGAAAGAAGCUCUAAGCCGUUAGUUCCCAACAGUAACCCUCCCACAAAAGACUCUUUAUUACCCAGGUCUCCUGUAAAACCUAUGGACUCCAUAACAUCACCAUCUAUAGCAGAACUCCACAACAGUGUUACGAAUUGUGAUCCUCCUCUCAGGCUAACAAAACCUUCCCAUUUUACCAAUAUUAAACCAGUUGAAAAAUUGGACCACUCCAGGAGUAACACUCCUUCUCCCUUAAAUCUUUCCUCCACAUCUUCUAAAAACUCCCACAGUAGUUCAUACACUCCAAACAGCUUCUCUUCUGAGGAGCUCCAGGCUGAGCCUUUAGACUUGUCAUUACCAAAACAAAUGAAAGAACCCAAAAGUAUUAUAGCCACGAAGAACAAAACAAAAGCUAGUAGCAUCAGUUUAGACCAUAACAGUGUUUCUUCCUCAUCUGAAAACUCAGAUGAGCCUCUGAACUUGACUUUUAUCAAGAAGGAAUUUUCAAAUUCAAAUAAUCUGGACAACAAAAGCGCUAACCCAGUGUUCGGCAUGAACCCGUUUAGUGCCAAACCUUUAUACACAGCUCUUCCACCUCAAAGCGCAUUUCCCCCUGCUACAUUCAUGCCACCAGUCCAGACCAGUAUUCCUGGGCUACGACCGUACCCAGGACUGGAUCAGAUGAGCUUCCUACCACACAUGGCCUAUACCUACCCAACUGGAGCAGCUACCUUUGCUGAUAUGCAGCAAAGGAGAAAGUACCAGCGGAAACAAGGAUUUCAGGGAGAAUUGCUUGAUGGAGCACAAGACUACAUGUCGGGCCUCGAUGACAUGACAGACUCUGACUCCUGUCUGUCUCGCAAGAAGAUCAAGAAGACAGAGAGUGGCAUGUACGCAUGUGACUUAUGUGACAAGACAUUCCAGAAAAGCAGUUCCCUUCUGCGACAUAAAUAUGAACACACAGGAAAAAGACCACAUCAGUGUCAGAUUUGUAAGAAAGCGUUUAAACACAAGCACCACCUUAUCGAGCACUCAAGGCUUCACUCGGGCGAGAAGCCCUAUCAGUGUGAUAAAUGUGGCAAGCGCUUCUCACACUCGGGCUCGUACUCGCAGCACAUGAAUCACAGGUAUUCCUACUGCAAGCGGGAGGCGGAGGAGCGGGAAGCGGCGGAGCGCGAGGCGCGCGAGAAAGGGCACUUGGAACCCACCGAGCUGCUGAUGAACCGGGCUUACUUGCAGAGCAUUACCCCUCAGGGGUACUCUGACUCGGAGGAGAGGGAGAGUAUGCCGAGGGAUGGCGAGAGCGAGAAGGAGCACGACAAGGAAGGCGAGGAUGGCUACGGGAAGCUGGGCAGACAGGAUGGCGACGAGGAGUUCGAGGAGGAAGAGGAAGAAAGUGAAAAUAAAAGUAUGGAUACGGAUCCCGAAACGAUACGAGAUGAAGAAGAGACUGGAGAUCACUCCAUGGACGAUAGUUCGGAGGAUGGGAAAAUGGAAACCAAAUCAGACCACGAGGAAGACAAUAUGGAAGAUGGCAUGUAA